AUGGCACUGCGCACCGGGAGGACUUGCUUUGGGCAGCUCUUGCGCAGGGUCUUUCGGCUGCAGGGCUCCUGGUCCAGGCGAUCCAGCAGUCUCCUGUGUCUCUCCGCGAACCAGGAGCAGGAUCUGGGAGUCUGUCAACGGGAUCACUACAAGGUGGGGGCUUUCCACUCCUCCGGCAUCCACCGACCCACCACCACCACCACCACCCACCGCCACCGGAGGAGCGCACCUUUCUGCGCCUCCGCCUCCCGGCGCUGUCCGCACGGCUUCCCCGACGCCUGCUGCGCCUUCCCGGGGACUCCGAGGGGACAUGAGCCCCUCGGUCGCCGGUUCCUGUUGGCCAUGAAGCGGCAAAACGUGCGGACCUUGUCCCUGAUCGUUUGCACGUUUACCUACCUGCUGGUCGGGGCCGCAGUCUUUGACGCCCUGGAGUCCGACUUCGAGAUGCGAGAGAAGGAGCAGCUGGAGACGGAGGAGAAGCGUCUCCAGGGGAAAUACAACAUCAGCGAGGAGGAUUACCGCAAACUGGAGAGCAUCAUCAUGGAGGCAGAGCCGCACAGAGCCGGGGUGCAGUGGAAAUUCGCAGGGUCAUUUUACUUUGCCAUCACGGUUAUAACCACCAUAGGCUAUGGGCAUGCAGCGCCGGGGACCGAAGCAGGGAAGGCCUUUUGCAUGUUUUAUGCCGUCCUGGGAAUCCCUUUGACUCUUGUCAUGUUCCAAAGUCUGGGCGAGAGGAUGAACACUUUUGUCAAGUACCUCCUGAAGCGAAUCAAGAAGUGCUGCGGCAUGAACAUCACCGACGUGUCCAUGGAGAACAUGGUGACCGUAGGAUUCUUCUCCUGCAUCGGCACGCUGUGCAUCGGAGCCGCUGCCUUUUCCCAUUACGAGGAUUGGAGCUUCUUCCAGUCUUAUUAUUACUGCUUCAUCACAUUAACAACUAUAGGCUUUGGGGACUUUGUGGCCCUUCAAAAGAACCGGGCCCUCCAGAAGAAGCCCCUGUAUGUGGCCUUUAGCUUCAUGUAUAUCCUGGUGGGCCUGACGGUUAUCGGGGCCUUCCUCAACCUGGUGGUGCUCCGCUUCCUGACUAUGAACAGUGAGGACGAGCGGCGGGACGCAGAGGAACGGGCCUCGCUAGCCGGUAACCGGAACAGCAUGAUCAUCCACAUCCAGGACGAAUCGCUGCAGCGGGGCCGGCGGCGGCGCGAGCAGUACCAACCGGAGGUGACUGAUUUGCAGUCAGUCUGCUCCUGUAUGCACUACCACUCGCAUGACUUCGGCAGCUCUGGGGGAGGGAUGGGAGGCCUCGGCUGUGCCUUCUCCCAACAGAACUCAUUCAGCUCGCAGCUGAAUCCCAAUCAGUACUUUCACUCGGUUUCCUACAGGAUCGAGGAGAUCUCGCCCCGCACCUUGAAAAACAGCUUCUUCCCCUCGCCCAUCAGCUCGGUGUCUCCGGGCCUUCACAGCUUCACAGACAAUCACCAGCUAAUGAGGAGAAGGAAAUCCAUCUAA